ACAUGCCAGGAAAUUAUUCGUCAGAAAUUAUCCAAGCCUACCUGGCCACACUACAGGAGCAGACGAUAUAUGUAAUGAUACCCUCCAUGAUAUACCUGGCAAUGCUCAGUUGUAUUGGAAUUUGCGGGAAUUCCCUUGUGCUGUUUGUGUAUUUACGAAAGUUUUCAAGGACGGAGGUGGGAGUGUUUAUAAUGGUGAUGGCGUGUUCUGAUCUGCUGACCAAUGUUGUGGUCAUUCCAGGCGAGAUCUAUGACAUGUUCCAUGCCUGGGACUUCAACAAUCGUCUGCUAUGUCAGGCCAGACUCUUCGUCAACGCCACGGCCAUCAUGGCCUCUGCUCUGCUGCUGUUGGCCAUAUCUAUAACAAGAUAUCGCAAGAUUUGUGUACCGUUCGGUAAACAAGUAACGCUACGCCACGCCCAGAUCUUCAGUUGUUUUCUGGUUACCAUGGCAGCACUGUUCUCCGUGCCGUACGCCCUGAUUAACGGAAUACAAAUCAAGAACACGACCAUUUCCGGCAUCCACGGAACUUUCUGCUCCGUGGAUGAAGGAUUCGUGACGACCAUAUGGCCCAUGGUCAACUCCGCGUUUUUCAUCCUCUUGUUUUUACUAACCUCCGCCCCUUUAGUGGUUUUGUAUAUCAUGAUCGGCAUCAAAGCGAAGCGACAUGGCAAAUUUCAGGAUUCUAAACAUAAAUGUAAAUUAAAUAACAAAGAUGUGAGUAAAUUUGAUGAGAGAUCAAGAUCGACAGCGGAUGAAUUAUCGACAUCUUUAAGCCAAUGUGACACGGAAUUAGUUUCUUUUGAAAUCGCUUAUCAAGUCACAAAUAAACUAGGUAGUUCCUCAUUAACUAUGUCCAACAAAAACAAAACUAUUUCAACCAAGCGACGGAAAACAAGAAGCAGACGAAAUCUUGGGCGAACGACUUGUAUGUUGUUGACGAUUAGCCUCAUCUACAUACUUGGUUUCCUCCCCUUUUUGGCGUUGGAGUGCUUCAAAUCAGCUGCGCCGGAAUCGUUUGCCGCCAUGGAUGCUGUGUCCCUAUCACUUUACCAUCUGUUUCUGAGAUCGUAUUUGCUCAACAGCGCCGCGAACCCGGUUGUUUAUAGUCUAUGUGACUUAAACUUUCGCCGGGAGCUUAAGAAGCUUGGGCAGUGUACUUGAUCAUGAUUUCAAAGGCAUUCUAAUCUUUAAUUUUUAAAGUACUUUACAAGAGCCCACUAUAUAUAAGUCAGGAAAAGUAUCGUUUGUUAAUUAAUGUUUGUAGCUCUUGAUGAAAAACAUAAUGAUUGUAACAAUAAACAAGGUACAAUGUCAUAAGUGUAUUACUUAUGACAUUUCUGCACUUAUACAAUCCAUACCUGGUGCCUUUCAUGAUUUCAGUUUAUGUAUAGCUGCCUGCACUUUUGAUACGUUUAAGUGUCUAGUACUGUUUGGCUUGAUGGUAUAUCAAUGUCUUAGGCUGUAGCUGGUCUGUUUAGUAGUUCUGUAAAAUAUUCCCUCUGUCUCUCGAUUUUUUUCGCCUAUUAUAUCCUGCCCUUUAUUCCCGUU